UGUCUGAGCGCACCCAGGUGCAAUUUUUCUGUGUCGCGACUUUCUGCUUUAAACAAAAAGAAAAAAGAAAGAAAGAAAGAAAGCAACUCGAUCGCCAGGCAGUCGAGAAAACAAACCCAGGGAAGGAGACAGAAUGAACGGCCUGGUGCUGGGGCUCUUUCACCACCUGCCGCGCUUCAUGGAGUCAAACAGCAAAAGUUUUCAGCCCUGGAGGGACUACAUGGGACUGUCGGACACGGUCAGAGAGAUCCUGCGUCGGAACAGCACCGGGGAUCCCGUCCUGCCGGAUCUCAAAGCGCGUCGCUCCCGACUCGAUCAUUUCGGCGGAACUUUGGCGUCGAUGCGCCUGAGCGCGGAGUCCUGCGACUCCCUGCUGUCCGGCUCCGCGGUUGCGCUGCACCAGGAGGAUGCGCUGCGGUCCGCACCGGAAUCAGCCGGCGCCGAUCCGCCGCAGACGCCGCCUGGUUCCGGGUGUCGCCCCAGGGAGCGCAGGAGUACCCCGGGUCGCUUCGGGGCUCCGGCUCCUGAGCCGCCCUCGUCCAAGUUCUGCAGCUUUUGCAAACACAACGGCGAGUCCGAGCUGGUCUACGGAUCCCACUGGCUGAAGAACCAGGCUGGAGAGGUUCUGUGUCCCUACCUGCGCCAGUACGUGUGUCCACUGUGCGGCGCCACGGGGGCCAGAGCCCACACCAAGCGAUUCUGUCCCAGAGUGGACAGCUCCUACAGCUCGGUGUACACCAAGACCAGGCGCUGAUUUAACAGGUGGCCUUGAGACCCUAAACAGAAAGAAGCUUCUCCUUUCCCCCUCUUUCUCUGUGUGCAUUUUAAUUAUUAUAAUAAGUCGAUAUAAGUGUGGCUUUUACUUUUGUGUGUUGCUUGCUUUGUGUUCUUAUUUGCAUGCUUUUCUUCUUCUUUUUUUAAUGCAUGUUUUCUGUUUGGAGUCAUUUAAUUUAAACUCUUGUCUGUUUUGAAAUUUGGACUAACUCAAAAAAAAAGAGAGAGAGAGAAUGAGAGAGAGAGAGAGAGACGACUUGGGAGGAGAGAGAGAGAAAAAAAGGAAAUGUUUGCAUUUUUUUGGGUUGAAUACUUUUACAACAUGGUCAACACAUGUCCUGGUUCACAUACAUUUUACCAAAUGCAUUGACGGACUAUAACGAAAUCAGCAGUCUGGGAGAACUUCCAUCUUCACCAAUAUUACCUUUUUCUACAGUAUGUUUACAUAAUGUGACCAUGUCGGCAUUUUAAGCUUUUAAUGGGGCACCUUCUCUUCUGUGUACCAGAUUCUGGGAGCAUGUUUUAUUUGGAAUACUUCCCAUUUAUGCCACUGUAACUCAUGUAAAGUUUGAAAAUAUUUUUGUGGUUCCAGUUAUAAACAAGUGGCUAAACUUAAA